AUUUCGUGUGAGACAUGUGGAAAGGCGGAAGCAAGUAACAGCUCUGGGAGGUGUAAGUAAGAAUGUCUGACGGUAAUCCAAGCAACGAUGGUGGGGGGCCGCGUACUCCAAUGGGCAGGGGGCUUGUGGGACGCAGAUCUUCUACUCCUCUUACCCCAGGUCGCCUUCCUUCCAUCCGCUCCCGAGAUCUUACGCUUGGCGGAGUCAGAAAGAAAACAUUUGCUCCCAACAUCAUCAGUAGAAAGAUAAAAGAAGAGCCCAAGGAGGAAGUGUCUGUUAAGGUAGAACGUGCAGAGCGUGGAAGGGACCGUCGAGAUGGAGCAGGAAGAGGGCGUGGGAAGCCACAAGUCAUACAGAGUCACUCCAUCUUUGAGCAGGGACCAGCUGAACAGCUCAAGAAGAAAGUUGGAUGGGAUGGACCUUCAGAAUCUGCUGACUUUGGCCCAUCACACAUCAUUAACAUAAAACGAGAGAAGCGAGAAACUGAAGAGGAGACGAAGGAGAUCCUCCGCAUGCUGGAAAAUGACAAGUUUCUUGAUGACCCUGGCCUCAGGAAUGAUUCUCAGAACCAUCCAGUGCAGAUCCCACUUGCCCAUUCUGGCUGGCUCUUUAGGCAAGUGGAUGAAGAGGAGGAUAUAAAGCCCAUUCAAGGACAACUUAAAGAGGAAAAGAUGGAAGUAGAUGAUACUUCUCAGGUUAAAGUAAAGGAAGAACCAAUGGAGGAUGCUGGUGCAUGGAAGCCUGGGGUGCCCUCUGCAAAAGUUCCCAUUGUUAAGAAACCCCCUGUAACCAAGGAUGUGUCCUUCCCAGAGAUGCUGGAAUCUUUGAGGGUUUCUGAUGAAGAAUGUCUCUUUUUUGUGCAACUUCCUGACACUCUGCCUGGACAGCCUCCAAGUUUAGAGACAAGGCCUACAAAGACUGAAGUGCAGAGUGAGGAUGGCCAUAUGUUACUGGUCAAGGACAAAGGACAGGACUCGAAGGCUGCAGAAGACAGCUGUACCUUGCGGGAUGUGUCAGAAGGCCAUAUUGGGAAGCUAUUUGUACGCAAGUCUGGCAAGGUUCAGCUUAAGCUGGGCAAAGUCAUGCUGGAUGUUACUAUGGGCACAUCCUGUUCAUUCUUGCAGGAGCUGGUGUCAGUCAGUGUUGGUGAAUCUCGUGGUGGGGAGAUGAUGGUCCUGGGCCAUAUUCAACACAAACUUGUGUGCUCCCCAGAUUUUGAGUCUCUGCUGGAAAAAAGACAGGGCUAAACACUUCCCUUUCCUUUCUAAUACGAUAGCCUGUCACAUUGUCUGCUCUGAUUGUUAAACAACACUCAUGUUCAGUAGACGACAUUCUGAGUGGUUGUGCUCCAGAAUGAUCAGAUGGUGGUUGCAAUGCCUUCUCUGGUCCUGUGACAUCACUGCUUUUAGACCCAGUAGAAUUCUUAAAGAUCAUUUUCUGCAGCAGGAUGUAUGGAGUGAAAGGUAGAGCCUGCAGGCAAGCCCUCUGCAACAUGGCAGCCCAAAGUGUGGAAUUUACAGCCACAAACUCAUGCCAGCAUACACAAAACUAAAUGUGCGAAGAUGUAUAAAUAGGGAUUCCAAGGCCUUGGCAAUGCAUCUUUUCCUUGAGGACCUGGAAGAGUAUGUAGGGAAAAAAUAAACAAUGGACAUACGUUUGGAAAGCUUCAAUUGAAUAAUAUAAUGUCUGUUUCUUUUGAAGAAAAUGUAUUUAAAUUAAAUAUAUGUAUAUAUUGUUUCUUUCAAAGAUGGAAUAAAUAAGACUUUAUGUUAACACUA